AUGUUGAUGCUGGUGAAAGAGGAGCUUGAGAAGAUGACAGAUCCACAACCAUGCAGAAUAAAGGAUGAAGAUACCGAGAAACAAAUAGAAGAGGAGAGUCAAGCUGAAGUGGAUGAGAAACAUCAGAUUGUAAAAAUAAACCAUAAUGUUUCACAGAAAGAAACUCUGAAGACAGAAGACAUAAAGUGUGAAAAUAGUUUCAGUGAAGAUGAACGCCCUGCAGAUCACAAGAGGACUCACAGUGAGGAGAAACCUUUUACAUGUCAACAGUGUGGAAAGAGUUUCAGAACAAAAGAUAACCUUAAAGUACACAUGAGGAUUCACACCGGAGAGAAACCAUUCAGAUGUCAACAGUGUGGAAAGAGUUUCACCUUUCAGUCGAACCUUAUCCGCCACAUGAAAGCUCACAGUGGGGAAAAGCCACACCCCUGCCAGCAUUGUGACAAGAGUUUCCAAGAUACAAGUCAUCUUAACAGACAUUUGAGAAUUCACACUGGAGAGAAACCUUACACUUGUCAUCUGUGUGGAAAGAGUUUCAGAACAAAUCCUACCCUUAAAGGACACAUGAGGAUUCACACUGGAGAGAAACGACACGUGUGCCAUCAGUGUGGAAAGGGUUUCACAAGUAAAGGCAAUCUUAAGGCACACAUGACAGUUCACACUGAAGGAAAACCGUUCACUUGUCAUCACUGUGGAAAGAGUUUAAAACUUGAGCGUAACCUUAAGAAACACAUGAAAUGUCAUUCUGGAGAGAAACCUUACACGUGUCACCAGUGUGGAAAGAGUUUCACAUUUCAAACGAGCCUUAACCGGCAUAUGAAAAUUCACAGUGGGGAAAAGCCACACGCGUGCCAUCACUGUGACAAGAGGUUCCCAGAUACAAGUCAACUUAAGAUACACAUGAGGUCUCACACUGGAGAGAAACCUUACACUUGUCAUCUGUGUGGAAAGAGUUUCGGAACAAAAUCUAACCUUAAAGGACACAUGAAGAUUCACACUGGAGAGAAACCUUACACGUGUCAUCUGUGUGGAAAGAGUUUUACAUUUCAAAUGAGCCUUAACCAUCACAUGAAAAUUCACAGUGGGGAAAAGCCACACGCGUGCCAUCACUGUGACAAGAGAUUCCCAGAUACAAGUAAACUUAAGAUACACAUGAGGUCUCACACUGGAGAGAAACCUUACACGUGUCAUCUGUGUGGAAAGAGUUUUACAUUUCAAACGAGCCUUAACCAUCACAUGAAAACUUGCAGUGGGGAAAAGCCACACGCGUGCCAUCAUUGUGACAAGAGGUUCCAAUAUACAAGUGAACUUAAGAUACACAUGAGGUCUCACACUGGAGAGAAACCACAUGUGUGCCAUCAGUGUGGAAAGAGUUUUACAAGUGCAAGUGUCCUUAACAGACAUUUGAGAAUUCACACUGGAGAGAAACCUUACACAUGUCAACUAUGUGGAAAGAGUUUCAACUUCCAAGCGAGCCUUAACCUCCACAUGAAAACUCACAGUGAGAAAAAGCUGCACGCAUGCCAUCAUUGUGAAAAGAGUUUCCCAUAUGAAAGUCAACUUAAGAGACACAUGAGGUCUCACACUGGAGAGAAACCUUACAGAUGCCAUGAGUGUGAAAAAGGUUUCAGAAGUAAAGGCAACCUUACGACACACAUGGCAAUUCACAUGGAAGAGAAACCUCACACAUGUCUUCAGUGUGGAAAGAGUUUCAGUUUGGAGUAUCACCUUAAGAAACACAUGAUGAUUCACAGCGAAAAGAAACCUCACGCAUGUCUCCAGUGUGAAAAGAGUUUCCCAUAUGAAAGUCAACUUAAGAGACACAUGAGGUCUCACACUGGAGAGAAACCACAUGUGUGCCAUCACUGUGGAAAGAGUUUUACAACUGCAAGUGUCCAUAAAAGACAUUUGAGAAUUCACACUGGAGAGAAACCUUACACUUGUCAACUAUGAAAAUUCUUGUGAAACGUCAUCAGUCACGGCUCAAGUACUGUUCCAAUUCCAAGUUUGCAUCAAGUCAAGUUCACAUAACAUCUCAGGAUGUGUUCUUGAUUCGCUCAUUUAAUUGAGGAUGCAUCAGCAGGUGACUUGUGUGGACUUAUCACAGCCAAGUUUCUCAGAAUGCAUUUUGUGUCAACGGCAAAGAAGCUUAAAACGGCACAAUAUUUGAAAUAUUACUCUUUCUGUGUCAUACAAUACAGCCGUUUAGUCAAGAAUAUAGCUGAAUAAACUUUAAAUCUCUGGGUCGGUUUCCUCUGACAAUUUUGGAUAUGUGAGUUUAAGUUAAUCAGCGGGCGGUCAGUGCCGUGUACACCGCCAAGGGCAGCCUUUUUUGGCAAGUCGUUUUGAAAUUUCCUGCUGGCUCAGUGCAGCUGCUCUGCCCUUCGGUGUCUGAUGGUCAAACACGAAAUAUUUCCUUUUGGAUAUAUAUCUGGCAUUUUUCUGUCUCUUU